GGGGGACGCGGGGCCGUAUCGCGCUGGAUUCGCGGCUGCGACCGAGGACGCUGAGCGCUGGCUGCAGCGGCGACGGUGGCGGGGAACCGCUGGAAGCUGGGGCGCGGCGUGUGGCCGGGCAUGAGGGGCUGUGGCGGCGCGGCCCGCGCGCAGCCGGCCGAUAACGCCGCAGAGCGGGUAUGAGCAUGCUGUAUGUGGUCUCAGCAGAAGACUGGAGGAUUGUGACAAGUGAAUCUGAGAGCAGCUACAGACUGAGGAGGAUGUCGGCCAUAUGGAAGAGGCGCUGCUGCCAGUUCAGUCUUGCAAGGCCAAACUAUAGUGAAACAGGAGCGAUUUUUAGGGAUGCUGCUGUGUGGCCUCUUCCUGUCUGAUACUGGAGGAGUUGUCUGACGACUGUCCACCUCAGCACUCAGGAAGCAGAUAGCAAUGUCCCAGACACAGGACUACGAAUGCAGAAGCCAGCAUGUCGAUGGGCAGGACCCCAGGAUUCCAGGGUCGAGCACCAGGUUGGAAUGGGUCGAGAUCAUCGAACCGCGCACGCGCGAGCGCAUGUACGCCAACCUGGUUACUGGUGAGUGCGUGUGGGACCCUCCAGCCGGCGUGCGCAUCAAGCGCACCAGCGAGGACCAGUGGUGGGAGCUCUUUGACCCCAACACAUCGCGCUUCUACUACUACAGCGCCGCCUCGCAGCGCACCGUGUGGCAUCGCCCACAGAACUGUGACAUCAUACCCCUGGCCAAACUGCAGACGCUGAAGCAGAACACUGAGUCCCCACGCGCCUCUGCAGACAGCAGCCCAGGAAGGGGCAGCCGUGACGGUAGCACUGGCUCCUCCUUGGAGCCGGAGCCCGAGGAUAGGGCACAGGAUCUGUCCAUUAGAGGCGGACGGACGGCAGCCUUGGUCACCUCGAAAGAUGAGAGCGGCAGCUGUUCACCACCAGGUGUGCUCUUGGAAAAGGACUAUGAGGUUUACCGUGAUUACAGUGCCGAUGGCCAACUCCUUCACUACAGGACCUCCUCGCUGCGAUGGAACUCUGGUAACAAGGAACGCAUGCUCAUCAAGGUUGCUGACCGUGAACCCAGCUUCCUCACCCCACAAGGCAAUGGCUACCCCUCAGACAGCCAGGCUGGGGGUCAUCCCCGCAGACCAUCUGGCAGCCAGCAUUCACCUAACCUGCAGACCUUUGCCCCUGAUUCUGAUGGCACUGUCUUCUUUCCAGAGAGGCGGCCCUCACCCUUCCUAAGGAGGGCUGAGCUCUCUGGGAACUGUUCACCACUGCUGGUGCAACCCCGAAAGCCCUCUGGUGACUCACAGCCCUCUUCCCCACGCUAUGGAUAUGAGCCCCCACUCUAUGAGGAGCCCCCUGUGGAGUACCAGGCCCCCAUUUAUGAUGAGCCCCCCAUGGAUGUGCAGUUUGAAUCCAGCAGCCCCUACCAGACUGGCUCACCACAGAGGUCACCAGGCCGCAAGCCCCGCCCAUUCCUACAGGCUACCAAACAGACCCCAACAUCACCCUGCCAACAGCUGGUGCGCACCAAGCAGAAGUGUCCAGAGCGCUUCCUGAGCCUGGAAUACAGUCCAGUGGGCAAGGAGUAUGUACGGCAGCUGGUAUAUGUGGAGCAAGUAGGCUCCAGCCCCAAGCUUAGAGCUGGGCCCAGGCACAAGUAUGCACCCAACCCAGGUGGUGGCUCCUACUCCCUGCAGCCCAGCCCCUGCCUACUGAGGGACCAGCGUUUAGGAGUCAGGUCUGGAGAUUAUAGCACCAUGGAAGGAUCAGAGCCACGCCCAGGCCAGCCACCCACACCCCUGCCCCAAGCCCAGGAGGAUGCCAUGUCUUGGUCUAGCCAACAGGACACCAUGUCCUCUGCAGGCUAUUCCCCAGGUACACGUAAGAGGAAGAGCAGAAAGCCUUCUCUGUGCCAAGUUCCUAGUACUUCAUCCACCGAUGGCCCUGGGGACCUGCUAGGUGAGCAGCCCCUGACUGAGGAGCAUUCUUCAUGCAGGUCCAGCCUUACUCCAAUAAAGGCUGAGGCAGACAUGGUACGGGGCACAGCUGAGCCCUUCCUGGCACAGGCCCGGUUGGCCUGGGAGGCACAGCAGGCCCACUUCCACAUGAAGCAGAGGGGUAGCUGGGACUCUCAGCAAGAUGGCUCUGGGUAUGAGAGUGAUGGUGCUGUGCCACUGCCCAUGCCUGGACCUGUGGUACGCGCCUUCAGUGAAGAUGAAGCACUGGCACAGCAGGACAGUAAACACUGGAAGCGGAGCACCUUUGAAAAGCUUGGCUUCCCCCAAAUCCUGCUGGAGAAGAGCAUCUCUGUGCAGACCAACCUGGCCUCACCAGAGCCUUACCUCCACCCCUCACAGUCUGAGGACCUUGGUGCCUGCGCCCAGUUUGAGAACAGCCGGCAGAACCGCAGUGCCAUGCCCAGCUCUAGCUGUGUCUUCCCUACCUUCACACUGCGCAAGCCCUCCUCGGAGACGGACAUCGAGAAUUGGGCCUCUAAGCACUUCAACAAGCACACCCAGGGCCUCUUCCGGCGGAAAGUGUCUAUAGCCAAUAUGCUGGCUUGGAGCAGCGAGUCCAUCAAGAAGCCCAUGAUUGUGACCAGUGACCGGCAUGUGAAGAAGGAGGCCUGUGAGAUCUUCAAGCUAAUCCAGAUGUACAUGGGUGACAGGCGGGCCAAGGCAGACCCACUGCAUGUGGCCCUGGAGAUAGCCACCAAAGGCUGGAGUGCACAGGGCCUAAGGGACGAACUCUACAUCCAGCUGUGUCGGCAAACGACAGAGAACUUCCGCCUAGAGAGCCUGGCCCGUGGCUGGGAACUCAUGGCCAUCUGCCUGGCCUUCUUCCCACCUACCCCCAAGUUCCACUCCUACCUAGAAGGAUAUAUUUACCGGCAUAUGGACCCCGUUAAUGACACCAAAGUGACACAGCACAUAAAAGAGCUUCUGGAAAGGAACAGUAAGAAGAAGUCCAAACUGAGAAAGAAACCCAAGCCUUAUGUUGAAGAGCCAGAUGGGGUGGCGAUAAGCACCUAUGCGAAGUACUGUUACCACAAACUGCAGAAGGCAGCCCUAACUGGGGCCAAAAAGGGGCUAAAGAAGCCCAAUGUGGAGGAGAUCCGGCAUGCCAAGAACGCCGUGUUCAGCCCAUCCAUGUUUGGCAGUGCACUGCAGGAGGUCAUGAGCAUGCAGAAGGAGCGCUACCCUGACCGGCAACUACCCUGGGUACAGACACGGCUCUCUGAGGAGGUGCUGGCACUCAACGGUGACCAGACAGAGGGAAUUUUCAGGGUCCCUGGUGACAUUGAUGAAGUAAAUGCUCUGAAGUUGCAAGUGGAUCAGUGGAAGGUGCCUACAGGUCUGGAGGACCCCCACGUCCCUGCAUCACUGCUGAAGCUGUGGUACCGGGAGCUUGAAGAGCCUCUGAUUCCUCAUGAGUUCUACGACCAAUGCAUUGCGCACUACGAGAGUCCAGAGGCCGCCGUGGCUGUGGUGCACUCGCUACCGCGCAUCAACCGCAUGGUACUGUGCUACCUCAUCCGCUUCCUCCAGGUGUUCGUGCAGCCAGCCAAUGUAGCCAUUACCAAGAUGGACGUCAGCAACCUGGCCAUGGUGAUGGCACCCAACUGCCUGCGCUGCCAAUCAGAUGACCCAAGGGUCAUCUUCGAGAACACGCGAAAGGAGAUGUCCUUCCUGCGCGUGCUCAUCCAGCAUCUAGAUACCAGCUUCAUGGAGGGCGUGCUAUAGCACACGGGCCACGGAUGUGGGCUAAGGUGGGGCACGGGGAGGGGGGAGGGAAGGCCCUAACUCAGGGGCAGCAUGCCAGGCCCUGCUAGACGCCCACGCCGCCCCAGACCCACCCAGGCAGAGUCGCUGCGCCCGCACCUCGCGGCCACUUCCUGCAGGCACUGGGACUCCGCUGUCGGCCGCAGGCCAGCCCCGAGAAGUGCCUUCUGUUUCCCGGAGCCGAGCGACACUGCCCUCCAGGCCGGCCGGAGCACAUGCCACGUUGUCCUGGGCACCUCUCUUCCAGGCACUCCCCUCCCUGACCCCUCCUGCCCUGAAGGGCCUAAGGUCUGGGCCUGAACCAGAGUUGGACUGGACAUCAUUAGGGUGUGGCCUGCCGGCCCAAGGCCUGAGCGCCCUUGGUGCGAGGGGAAGCCCCCAAACCAAAGUCCUCUGGGGUGGGGCCAGGGCUAGACAGGCAUCCUUGGGGCGGGUGGGGGAGGGCAAAGACUUUUUUUUUUUCUGGUAAACCUGAAUCCAGAAUCUGUACCACACCCAGCUCACCUGUGUAUAGAGAUAUAAAUAGAGCGACAGAUGUCAACUAAAUUUGCUAAGGUCAUACAUAGUUUUAACCAGAUGCUAUUUAUCUCUCAAACUGUCCUCGCUGUCCUCGCACUGAGCAAGUUAGCACCACCCUCUUUGACCUCGAGGCCUCUGACCAAACUCCAUACCCUGGCGACGCGCGGACCGGACCCAAGACUCGUCUGCGUUUUCCGUCCUGGAAUCUGAGUUAUAACUGUGGUCAAACUUAAUUUCCCUCGUUUUAUAUAUAUAUAUUUUUUAGAGUUGUUUUAUUUAUUAAAAACAAAAGCCCCGCCCUGCCAAGGCCCACAGUCCUCCGGGUUAGUUAGCGGUCUUGGGCUUCGAGGGCUGCAGGUGCUAGCUCUGACGCGUGGACUGAGGCAGUGCUUCCUGUGAAUAAAGUUAAUGUGGACAUUCCUGCUGCCUAAGCCUCGGGUUC